CAUUAGAACAAGAUCUAUACCGCAAAACCAACUCAUUUCCAGCCCAUUUGCAGCGUUUGUGAAGCGACGCCCGUACCCUGCAGGCGUAGUGUGUGAGAAAAGCUUUAAAUUUAACUUUAGGUAAAUUGUAAAGGUUUAUCAAACAAUUUAACAAUUAAAUCGCCUGCAUUGAUUGACGCCUGGUAUGUGAACAACCACACACACACACAGAGAGAAACACAGUGUUUUUGGCCUGGUGUGCGUGUGCGAGCGCCUCAAGAGACAAUGUGAGCGGGCUGAAAAUGAGUCGGAAAUCCUCCCUUAUUUUCGGCCCUCUUGCACGUCUGGGCGUCUUGGAUUCACACGCACGAUUGCUGGCACGGAAAAAAAGGAAAAACUCUGAUUUUGUAAAGUAAUAACAAAAUUAGCUUACACCUCCCAAUCCCGCUCCUUUAUCCAAAAAAAAAAGAGAAGAAAGUAAAACAAACACAGACACAAAACAGAGGUGAACAAUCGCGUAAAAAAGAGCAAAACCAUAUUAUUAACUUGCGUAACGUUAAGCAUGCAAAUUGAAUCGAUGCAUUGAACUACCAUACCAUAUUUAAAAGUCAUUAUUUAAGUCGAAUUUAUAUACAUAACAUAGAUAUAUGCAGUUGGGUUGCGUGAACGUGUAACUAAACGUGUGUGAAGGUGUCUUUUGUAAAAUACAUUAAAUACUCCCCCUUCACCGAAUGCACGAUCACGAUCACUUCUUGCCUGUGGGGGGGGGGCGGGAUGAAAAUGCAGUGAGUCGAGCGUGUGGGAGCGGGAACUAGGCCGCGUGGUUUUUUCUUCCUUUUUCAUUCUUUAAGCAAAAAAAGCGAACAAAAUAAUCGAAAAAUAAAUCCCCCCAAAAAAAAAAGGAGCAACAAAAGAGAAAGAGAGAACAUAAAACUCACACAAUAACAUUACACAUGCAUAUUCCAUUUACUAAAAGCAAACCAAACAAAGAAUCAUACAGAGCUUGACUUGACUUGGGUCUAGGUUUUCCUUAUCCCUUCCCCCCAUCCCUAUUCUUCUUUCUCGAUCGUUGAUUGAUUAGAUGUUAGGUGCUUUUUUGAGACGUAAUGGGGAAGCGAGAAAGUGUUGGACAAACGAUAAAGAUGAUAUAAAUAGAUAAAACACAGAGCGAACAGGAACGAGCAGCAAAAGGAGAAGAAAGUUGGACAAACGUGGUUGAUCGGGCACAGCAUACCUGAGAACAAGCUAUGGUUUCGAAAAUAAACAAAAACAUAAAAAUGGUAAAACAACACAAACAACUCACAACUCGCACAACCAUCGCUACACACACACAGACAGACACCUAGCACAUUUGGGGGGAGAAAAAGCAUAUAAAAUUGUUAAAACAUUAAUCAAUUCAAUACUAAACUAACUUACCAGCGUCGAUCAAACCGUACGAUCGUUUGAUCGUUUCUUUCUUCCACAAGAAACAUCCACUAACUGAAUGAAACCACUGUCCAAAAGGAUUGAUUUCUUCUCUUCCCACUCUUCCGUAUGCAAACGAGGAAAAUGACGUCAGAACGAUACGAUUUUCACAUCAUUAAAACAUAUAAUCACAAACAAUCAAACAAACAAACAAACAAACACAUACUCAUCCGGAAAUUAAGGAGCACGAAUGGCAGGCAAGAGAGGACGCCCCCGCGUGGCAGUGUAUGCAAACAUGCUCUCACGUUGUUUGCCCUGAAUUGUGAUUAUAAAUACUAUUAUCAGAAUACUUUAAUUCAAAACGUAGGAAAAACCCACACAUACACACAAUCCACACUGUAGCACGUUCAAUGCGUUCGGCAAGACGAGACAAGUUAGAAAGACAAGAUAAGUUAAACAAACAAACAAAAACCCGCAAAACUCCUGCAUCGUGGUACUCAACAAACGGAAGAGGUAGAUAAAACAGAAACAGAAAGCAAAACCAAAAAAAAAAGAACUCUCUACUUGUAAAAAGCUAAACCAAUCUAAAACAAAAACGAAAAAAAAAAACAUACAAAAAAAAACUGAACGCCCAACCUAUGGAUAUUAUACCUUUGACGCAUAAAAAGGAAAUGGAAAGCGAAAGAGUAAAAUCGAGAUGAGAAUAGAAGAACAAAAAAAUCGCUGAAAAAGAGGAAAAGAACAAAACAAAAUAUAUUUGCUAUAUACCAAUUGCCUUGCACUGAUAUAAAAAAAGAAGAUAAACAGAAGUAAAUAAACAAAAAAGCUAGAAAGCUGUGUAAAGUUAAAAGCAUAUUUAACUAAUCACACACAAACACUCACACACAUAGCGCGCGCAUGCGUCACAUAUGUCUGCCUUUGUAGGCGCAUGGAGGUUGCUAUCGUCUCUGGGCAUGUGUGUGUGUAUGUAUGUGUGCACUGUUUUGGUGUGCAUACAUCCUUUACAAACGCACACAUACAUACACUGACACACACAGCACGGAAAAGCUGUAAUAUAAAUCAACAAACAACAACAACAACAACAGCAACAACAACAAAGCUAUUCUUUCCCAAGUUUUACCCGCAUUCGUUCUAGCGAAAUGAACAAAGUAGUAUGCAGAAAGGAAAAGCAAGAAGAGAAGAAAAAAUACACACACACACACAAACCAGAGUGAAGAGUGUAAAAGAAGUUAAAACGCGAUUUAAGAAAAAAGUAAAUCAUGGAUUCAUAAGUGAGAUUAGAAAAGAAAUGAAAUUGCCGAAAGUAGUGUUGAAAAGAAAGGGAAAAAGUAAGCAAAAAAGGUAAAAAGUUGUAAAAAAAACAUACAAAAAAAACACAUACAAACUUCUAUUACGCCACUGAAAGUGCUGUUUCCUCUUAUUUCUUCAAGUAUUCUUCAAGUUAAUAAUGCAACAACAAGAAAAAAAUAUGAGAAAAACAAACAAACGUCAGAGAGAGUUUUUCACUUACACACACACACAUACACACAAACACAAGAAACAAAGAACACAGGAGAACAGCAGCAAACAUACAGUGCUAGUGGGCAGCAAACCCAACUCGUUAGUGUACGUUAAACAGUUUUUCUUGUUGGCGGUUUCGCUUCCAGCAGUCCUAUUGGAAGGGAGAGAGAGAGAGAGAGCGGACAUUCGAAGCGACUCCACCAUGACUCACAUACACACAAACACAUGUUUUGGGGGGGGCGAAGCGAGCGCGAAAGGCCGAUCCGUGUACAUAGAAAGUGAUGCAGGGGAAAGCGCAGUGGACUGGGCAUGAUCGUACGCCGCACUUUGUGUCGUUUCUUCGAGACGAUCACGUUUACACUUUAGGUUUUGUUUGCAAAACGACUACGUUUGAGCUACUGCCAAGGGACUGCUACUACUACUACUACUACUACUACUGCUACACAAACGAUAUUAGCUGUCCGGGAGCCAGCUGGGUGUACGUACGCGUUAGAAUAGGUUACAUUUACGUGCGCCGUACGGCCAUUAUUGUUCGCUCUGUUCGCUCACCAACCAAACCACUCUUCCAACGCCUUUGCUUUGUGGCGCGAGUUUGUUUUUAUCCUUUUGCGCAACCGGUGCAUCAACUGCACCAAGAAGCCUGUUUAGAAGAAUGUUUAGUUGUUUAAGCGAUGUUAAUGUUUUUGUUUUGUUUCCUUCGAAUGAUUUAAUGCUUGUUACGUUCGACGUUUGUAGUGUAAUUUAUUAGUAAAAAGGCAAUUUGUUUGGAAAAGUCUUGCCCGCCUGGUCGGGAGGAAACCCCCUCUUUAUGUAGGUAAGAGUUUGUGUAAAAUAUAAAUAAAAACAGUUGAACAGUACACGAUCGUACGCGAAGGGAAAACAGCAUCCAACAAACUGUUAUUUACAUACUUUUUCUUCGAUAACAAUUAUACUCGCUUUCAAUCAAACAAA